UCACAGCUUGGCUCUGCCAGUGGGCAUCAAACAGUGCAGUCAGAACAGAUGCAGACUCCGAGUGUCAGGACUUGAAAUUACCCAUUAUAGUGUCUCACUUCAGAAUGUUUAUCACAUGUGUGGGAGACGUUUAUGUCUCAUUCAUAACCUCCCGAUGAACGGUUACAGCUGAACCGGGGAUCGAUACGUAAAACAACUCAUCUAAAAGUAGAAUCGAAGGGCGGCAAUGAAAAAACAGAAACGCUGAAACGCAAUUCUCGACGUUUCGAUAUAAUGUUCUGGGCCAUGAGUGUGUGCGGCGAGUGAAAGGAGCCGCUCCUGAGAGGAGGAGCGAGAGAGCCGGGGACCUAUCGAGAGAGCCGAUCCACAAGACGCUCCAGCCUGUGGUUCGUAGCAGCAGCGCGGCCGCUGAAGGAGCACCGGACCAGUAGGCUUGUGGAAACAGUUAUUACCCAAACCGCCGUUGGAGCAAAUGAAAACGGAAACAUUUUUUUUUACAUGUGGAUUAUUUCGGGAAAACGAAUACAUCAAUUGUUCAUCGAAGAAAGCGAGCGGCGAGCGGAUCUGAAGUGAUUCUCGACGACGGGCGAACAAGCGUAAGAUAACGCCGCCGAACUGUCUCCUCUUACCCGCAGCUAAGGUCGCUGGCUCCUGUAUUCGGCCGAUGAUGUACUGCGACUGAUCUGCAGCCCCUCCCACUUCCUGCCUGCAGAGGAAGCGGCUCUGCCAGCAUGUCUUCUCAUCCCCAGUCGGUGCCGCAGGGCCGGAGGGCGGUGGACACACGCCACCUGCCCAACCCUGCCUCACUGCCCCUGCAGCUGCAGCGGGCACACACGGAGGUGGGACUGGUGGACUACCACUCUCAUGCGAGGGACUACAGCUCCCAUCUGGCCCAGCCUCAUCGCCGCCGGCCCUCCCUGCUCCCGGAGUUCCAGCCGGGGAACGAGAGAGGCCAGGAGCAGCACAUCCGUUACGAACACAUCUACCUGACGGAGCCCAACAGCCAAUCAGAGGUGGAGUAUGCCGAGAUAAAACGACCUCGCUUGGAGAUGGGGCAGGAAUCUCUGAUGAGGCACUCUACCCACCGGCCCCCGCUGCCUCUGGGGGGUGGAGAGGACAUGGCCAAGGAGCGUGGCAGUUCCAUGGGGAAGCUGGAGCCCAUCUCCCCGGUGAGCCCGGCCCAGAUGGACCCUGACCUGGAUCUGGUGUCCGCCCGCUUCUCAAAGGAGGAGCUCAUCCAGAACAUGGACCGCGUGGACCGGGAGAUCACCAUGGUUGAGCAGCAGAUCUGCAAGCUCCGCAAGAAGCAGCACCAGUUGGAGGAGGAGGCUGCGAAGCCCCUGGAGCCGGAGCGGCCCAUCUCACCCCCCCCCAGCGAGGCCAAGCACCGCAGCCUGGUGCAGAUCAUCUACGAUGAGAACAGGAAAAAGGCAGAGGAGGCUCAUCGGAUACUGGAGGGACUCGGGCCCAGGGUGGAACUGCCUCUGUACAACCAGCCCUCGGACACCAAGCAGUACCAUGAGAACAUUAAAAUAAACCAGGCCAUGAGGAAGAAACUCAUCCUGUACUUCAAGAGGAGAAACCAUGCUCGGAAGCAGUGGGAACAAAAGUUCUGCCAGCGCUACGACCAUCUGAUGGAGGCGUGGGAGAAGAAGGUGGACCGCAUCGAGAACAACCCGCGCCGGCGGGCCAAGGAGAUGAAGGUGCGCGAGUACUACGAGAAGCAGUUCCCCGAGAUCCGCAAGCAGCGGGAGCUGCAGGAGCGCAUGCAGAGCCGCGUGGGGCAGCGUGGCAGUCUGGCAUCGUCCGCAGCCCGCAGCGAACACGAGGUCUCGGAGAUCAUCGACGGCAUUUCGGAGCAAGAGAAUACGGAGAAGCAGAUGCGGCAACUUGCCGUCAUCCCGCCAAUGCUGUUCGACGCGGAGCAGCAGCGCAUCAAGUUCAUCAACAUGAACGGCCUGAUGGGCGACCCCAUGAAGGUGUACAAGGACCGGCAGGUGAUGAACAUGUGGAGCGAGCAGGAGAAGGACACCUUCAGAGAGAAGUUCAUCCAACACCCCAAGAACUUCAGUCUGAUCGCGUCCUUCCUGGAGAGAAAGACGGUGGCCGAGUGCGUGCUCUUCUACUACCUGACCAAGAAGAACGAGAACUACAAAAACAUUGUGCGCAGGAACUACAGGCGCCGCGGCAGAAGCCAGCAUGGCCAGCAGCAGCAGCAGCAGCAGCAACAGCAGCAGCAGGUGAGCCGCAGCAGCCAGGAGGACAAGGAGGAGAAGGAGAAGGAGAAGGAAGGGGAGAAGGAUGAGGAGAAGGCCGAAGCAGACGACAAGGAAGAUGGAAUGAAGGACGACACUUCCGGGGAGGACGGCGAGGACAAGGAGCCCGCCGUGACCGUCAAGGGCCGGCGCACGGCCAACAGCCAAGGCCGCCGCAAGGGCCGCAUCACACGCUCCAUGACCAGCGAGGUGGAAGAGAGCACGGCGCCGCCGCUCAGCAGCGAGCUGGGCAAUCAGGAGAUGAAUGAGAGUUCUCGCUGGACCGAAGAAGAGAUGGAGACCGCCAAGAAAGGCCUCCUCCAGUAUGGUAGGAAUUGGUCCGCCAUCGCCAAGAUGGUGGGAUCCAAGACAGUGUCCCAAUGCAAGAACUUCUACUUCAACUACAAGAAGAGGCAGAAACUGGACGAGAUUCUGCAGCAGCAUAAAAUGAAAUCGGAGAAGGAGCGUAAGGCCCGGCGCAAGGGCAAAGCCACGCAGAGCGAGGAGGCCAGCGCCCCCUCCACCGCCGAGGAGGAGGAGAUGGAGGUCUCGGGCGCCAGCGGCAACGAGGAGGAGGCGGCCGAGGACGGAGAAGGUAGGAGUUUCAGGGGCGCCAACAACAGCUCGGACACAGAGAGCCUGCCGUCCCCUCGCUCCUCGGAGGACAGCAAGCCCAAGGACGGGGAGGGCGGCGCCAAGGGCUCCGCCGGCAGCAACGGGGAGAAGGACGCUGCGUCGGGCUCGGACCAGGGCUCCGUCGAGGAGAAGCCCCCCGCCCCGGGGGACCCGGACAAGGCCACCAUCAAACAGGAGGUGAAGACCGAGGCCGGGGAGCCCGGCAAGGAGCAGCAGAUGCAGCCGAUGCAGGCGCCGGUGGCGGCAGCGAGCGACUCAACAGACACCAAGCGGGCCCUCGUUGGGGAGGAGACAAAGAGCUCAGCCAAGACCUCCAAGAGGGAGCACGGCGUGAAGCAGGGUUCCCACGGCGACAGUGACUCCAGCGCCACCUGCAGCGCCGACGAGGUGGAGGAGAGCGACAACGGCGAGAAGAACAGGAUCACUUCUCCCCGUCCCAGUCUGCUCAACUACAGCCACGACGGUGUCACCUCCUCCCCGCUGCAGAAGCCCAUGGACCUCAAGCAGCUCAAGCAGAGGGCCGCUGCCAUCCCAACUAUUAUGGCGGAGGCUCUGGGGCAGGGGGCCAAGCGGGGGGCUCCUCUGCCGGUCCUCGGGGGCCCGGGCCUGGGAGGGGCCAAGGCCAUGCUGCAGCCUAACGCCCUGGCUCUCUACAAGCAGCAGAUCACCAUGGCCCACGGAGAGUCCUCCCUGGAGGCCAAGCAGCAGCAGCAGCAGCCCCUAGUCCCGGGGCAGCAGCUCAAGCAGCAGCAGCAGCAGCAGCAGCAGCAGCAGCAGCAGCAGCAGGCCUACUUAGGGCAGGCGGAGCGGGAGCGGGCAGAGGCCCUCCGCAGCAUCAGCCCCCGCAUGCGCCCUCGAAGCCCCACCUCUGGAAACAAGGACGAGCUGGAAGGCAACGAGAGGUGGUUACAGACUCUGCUUGAUGGAUUGCACAAAUCCCGGUCGUACUCCCCGCACGGCGAGGCCAAGAAGCUUGAGGAGCCCAGGGCGUCCUCCAUGGGCCGCCCCGUCCUCUCCACGUACCCCAUGUCCCCGCGGGACAUGGCCAAGAUCAGCCACGACCAGCACCUGCUCCACUACAACUCGUUCCAGCAGGCUGGUCACCCGGCGCCCCCGGCCCUGCAGCAGGACAGCAGUCGCCUGGCAGCCGUCCGGCCCCUCCACAUGCCCGAGCCACCUCCCCUCAUCUCCUCCACCAAGCCAGGGGGCUCUAUCACUCAGGGCACCCCUGUCCAGAUGCAUAGCCCAGCUCAUGGGCUGGACCACGGGAAGAUGGCCCCCACUCCAAUGGGUUUGUCUUGGAUGGAUCAGAGGAAAGUGGCCGGACCCUACCCCGUGGUCAAGCAGGAGCAGCUGUCCCCCCACUGCUCGUCCUCCCAGGCUGAGAACCUGUCCACCCAGGGCUCUCCCCACGACGCGGCUGCGGCCGGCCACGGCUCCAUGCAGGCCGUGCAGGGUGGCAGCAUCACUAAGGGCAUCCCAGGGACCAGAGUGUACCAGGACUCCCCCAUCUCGUACCGCGGAGGCUCCAUCACCCAGGGCACCCCCGCUGACGUUCUGUACAAGGGGACCAUCACCCGGCUUAUCACGGAGGAGGGCCCCGUCCGGGGGGAGCGCGGAGAGGGCCUCUCCAAGGGCCACGUGGUCUACGAGGGCGUCAGCGGACACAUUCUCACAUACGACCGCUCCCAGAACCCCAAAGAAGACGGCCGUGGCCCCGGGCAGGCUGGGGACCUCCUGGCUAUGAAGCGUUCCUACGACGUCAUGGAAGGUGGGAUAUCCAGGGGCCUCCCCAUGAGGGACACGCUCUCUGCCGCUAACUGUGAGGGUCUGAUUAGUCGAGCCAUGCCUCACGAGAGGGACAGCCCGCACCACGCCUCCUUCAAAGAUGCCCACCACAUCCGGGGCUCCAUCUCCCAAGGCAUACCGCGCCACCUGGAGUCCCAGGACCCCUACAUGAGGCGGGAGGCCAAGCACGUGAAGAGGGAGCCCUCCCCGCCCCGCGGGCCCCCUUCCAUGGCGGACCACCUGAAGGGCCGGGACCCCAUGGUGCCCACGGUGAAGGAGGGGGGCCGCUCCAUCCACCUCAUCCCCCGGGAGGAGAUGAGGCACCCCCCCAAGGAGGGCAUCAUCACCCAGGGCACCCCCAUGAAGCAGGAGCCGUCCAGCCAGGGCAAGCGCCACGACGUCCGCUCCAUCAUCGCCAGCUCGCCGCGCUCCUACCACAGCGUGCCCCCCCACGGCGUGCCCGCCCACAUGGACAUGCGCGCCGAGCGGCCCCGCUACGAGGAGGGCCCCAAGGGCCGGCCCAGCGCCGUGGUCAGCACGGCCAGCUCCAUGGCCCGCUCCUCGCCCCUCACGCUGGGGCCCGAGCAGGGCGGCAAGAGCCACCACAGCCCCGGGGGCUACGACGACAAGGGCUCGCUCAGGGCCCCGUACCCGGGCCCCUCCCACCGGGGGUCUCCUCUGUCCCGGGAGGCCAGCCAGCGGCAGCAUGAAGGCUCAAGUAAGAACCCGCCUCAGGAGCGCAAGGCCACGCCCACCCCCAGGGAGAUGAACGCCACUAAGUCCCCACUGCCAAGCAUGGCGGAGCAGCAGCAUCAACAACAGCACCAACAGCAGCAACAACAACAACAGCAGCAGCAGCAGCAACAACAACAACAGCAGCAACAGCAACAAGCACAGCAACAGCAGCAACAACAGGUGUCGCUGGCUAACUAUGAGCGUCUGCUGCAGGGACUGGGCGCCGCGGACAUGUACCGCGGUCAGAUCCCGCUGGCCUUCGACACCGCCACGCUCCCCCGUGGCAUCCCCAUCGACCCGGCGGCCUACUACCUGCCCCGCCACCUGGCCCCCAACCCAGCCUACCCCCACUCCCACUCCUACCCCUACCUGAUCCGGAGCUACCCGGACACCACGGCGCUGGAGAACCGCCAGACGCUGCUCAACGACUACAUCACCUCCCAGCAGAUGCACCAGUGGCCCGCUGCCGCCGCCAUGGCGGCCCAGCGCACGGACCUGCUGAGGGGCCUCUCGCCCCGGGACCAGGCCCUGCCGCUGCAGUACUCCACCGCCCCGCGCGGUAUCAUCGAUCUGUCUCAGGUGCCACACUUACCCGUCCUGGUCCCCCCCUCCGCAGGGGCCCCCCCGGGCUCCACCAUGGACCGCAUCAGUUACAUUCCAGGCGGCGCUGCUGGCUUCCCGGGCAGGCAGUACACCACCUCCCCCGUGGGUUCCUCGCACAUGAACAAGAUGCAGGGCACACCGCCGGCGCCGGAGCGCGAGCGGGAGAGAGACCGGGAGCGGGACCGCGAGAGGGAGAGGGAACGAGACCGCGAGAGGGACCGCGAGCGGGAGCGUGAGAGGGAACGCGAGCGGGAUCGAGAUCGCGAGAGGGACCGAGACAGAGACCGGGACAGGGACCGGGAGAAAGGGGGUUCCCAUGGCAACGUGGAGCACGCGCCCAUCUGGAGACCAGGUACAGAGCACAGCUCCGGGGGCAGCAGCUCUGGCAGUGUGAGGGCCGCCCCACACCCCUACGGCCACCAGCACUCCCCCGUGUCCCCCCGCACCCAGGACAGUGUGCAGCAGAGGCCCAGCGUCCUGCACAACACCGGGGGCAAGGCCAUGGCCCUCAGCGACCACGGGGGCUCCUCCGUGCUAAGGUCCAUGCCUUCGGGGUCGUCCCGCUACCCAGGCUACCCGAGCCACCUCCAGCGGACGGGCCAGCCCCCCGAGGCCUACCCCUCCGGGGGGGACCCCACCAAGGACCUCGGCCGCGACGGCUGCAAGAGUAGGGGGGGCCUCCCCAAGCACAUGCAGGAGCAGAUGGGGCCCUCGGGCAAAGCGGACCCCAAGCUCUCCGGCUCCAGCCCCGGAGUGGUGUACCCCGGGUCCUACCCGCCCGGCUCCGGCCGCCCCCCCCAGCACCUGAUCCCCCCUCAGUCGGACCCCCCCGGGGCCCGGGGGGAAAGCGGUACAUCUAGUAGGGAAAAGACUCAAAACAAAGCGGUGUCCAUUCAGGAACAAGAGCUCCGAGCACUCGGUAAGACCACCAUGACCGCGGCCAACUUCAUAAACGCAAUUAUCAUGCGGCAAAUAUCUUGUGAAACGGGGAUGCCAGGGACCAGCAGCGCCUCCGAGGCUCAACAGAAGAUGGGCUCUAUGGAGCAGCAUGGCAUGUACCAGCCCCAGGCGGAGGACCGGAUGUCCCCCGGCCAGCAGCCCUCCUCCCCCCUUGUGAAGGGCGUACAGAGGGUGGUCACCCUGGCCCAGCACAUCAGCGAGGUCAUCACUAAAGACUACACCCGGCAGAGCCAGCAGCAGAGCUACCACAGUUCCCCGGUGCUCGACCUCACCCGUCCUCCCAGCGUCCCCCAGCCCAUGUCCGCCUCCCAGGACCCCGGGACGGGCCCCCGCUACGCCGCAGACGGCCCCAAUGUGGACCGCAACCGCGACCGGUCGCCCCCUCAGCCCAAGACGUCCCCUGUCAGCAUGUCCAACAUUGGCAUCGAGCCGGUGUCCCCCGCGGGCGCCAGCUCUGACCCCGAGACAUUGGGAGGCGCCUCGUACCCCAGCGACCAGGGGGAGCCAGGCAUGGUGUCUCGCUCGCCCCCCAACCCCACCCAGCACCCCGCCUUCUUCAGCAAGCUCACGGAGAGCACCUCUGCCAUCGUCAAGUCCAAGAAGCAGGAGAUGAUCAAGAAGAUGACCGUCGUGGGCACUGACGGAGACUUCAACGCUGGUCAGCCCGGGACAGAGAUCUUCAACAUGCCAGCAUCCACGACCGCUGCAGGGCCGGUGAGCGUCCGUAGCCACGCCCCCCAGGAGACCUCCGGGAACUCCAUCGGCCUGGAGGCCAUCAUCAGGAAGGCGCUGAUGGGGAACUAUGACGACCAGGCGGAGGAGCGGCCCCCCUCCAACCCCCACAACCCCCUGGCCCCCGGGGGGCCCCCCUCCAUGGCGGAGGACGCCUACGCGCAGCAAGGUGGGGUUAAGCCGUCCAAGAGCAGCGGGCGGUCCAACGGGAGGAAGGCCAAGUCCCCCGGGCCGGGCCAGCAGCCCCCCCCCACAGAGAGACCCUCCUCCGUGUCCUCCGUCCACUCGGAGGGGGACUGCAGCCGACUCACCACCCGCGUGUGGGACGACCGCCCCUCCUCCACAGGCCCCACCCCCUUCCCCUGUAACCCGUUGACCAUGCGCUUCCCCAGCGGCAUUGUGUCGGCCGCCUCGCCUUCCCCCGGCCAACAGGGGGCCCCCGGGGGCCAGGGCCGGCCCUGGGAAGAGGAGGCCAAGCCCCUGCUCUGCUCGCAGUACGAGACGCUGUCGGAUAGCGAGUGAUGGAGACCAGACCCCGCCCCUCUCUCUCUCACACACACACACUCACACUCACACACACACACACACACAAUCAUCUCCAUGCUGCUGCUGAUAACUGAAUCACUUCCACACACAUACACACACAUAACGGACACGCCCACAAAUAACGGACCCGCCCACACGUACCGGACACGCCCACCGAGACAUCAUUCCGCCCUACCGAUUCCUGGUGGUUUGGUUGGCUCCUGAUAUCUGGCCUCUCCCACCGCCACUCCUCUGAGAUGUGAGGCCCAACCCUCCCACCCCGAAAACACUGCUGCUCAGUGUGUGUGUGUGUGUGUGUGUGUGUGUGCGUGUGUGUGUGUGUGUGUGUGUGUGUGUGCGUGCGCACAUCUGUAUUAUUGUGUAAUGCACUCUCGUAUGGGACUACUCUAAAAGGACGAAUCACUUUCUCUUUAGUUUGUUUUUUAAGCGUUGGCCAUGUCAUGUUGUUCGUCCCUCUGGCCUUAUCAGCGGGGCCCGGUGGCACCUCCUCCUGGUCUCUGGACCCCUGGGGGUCCACGCCUUCGUCUGGACUCGGGUGUCUCGGUGCAGCACCGCCCGCAGCACCGGGGGUUCAAGGGCCCCUGGUCUCCGGGCAGAUUACGCAAAGGCGCCUCUGCAGCCGGUACGGGGCCCCAGAGCUCCUCCUGCUCCUCCCAGUUAUGUCUCUCUCUCUCUCUCUCUGUCUCUGUCUCUGUCUCUCUGAGAAGUGAGCAGUCGUAUUUCAGUUGGAUGUUUUCUUCAAAAGGAAACCUUUUUGAUGGUGUCACUCGUUGUCUUUUCUGCAACACGUAUAUCAUUUCUCUUUGGUCUGGUUCUCCAGGAGAAUGGAGGGAUCGUACUGGGAGGCCGUUGGUUUACAGGGUAGACAUACUGUUAGGGGUGUCAUGGUGGGUCGAGGCAGGGUGGGGGAAGGCCAGAGGGCCUGUCCCCCCCCCCUCCCCCCCAGGGGUCAGAAGAGAGGAAGUGUUUAUGGGUUUGGGGCGAUGAGCAACAAGCAACCCUUUCUUCUCACCAUUUUUAUAUUAACCAUGUCAAUGUUUGUCAAAAAAAGAAAAUCAGAAAAAACUGUUGAUUUGUACUGUUUGGGAUGUUUGGGAUGUAGCACUUAGUUUGACGGUCGGUUUCACAAUGGCAUUUUACACAUGUUGGUUGUUUUGGGGUGGGCUGUAUAAAAGACUUAAAAAUGAAAGAAAACUGCAGGAAAUCGUACCUGUUGGACCCCCCGUUUCCACACCUCCCCCCUCGCGCCUCCCCCUCUCCUGUCUCCCCCCUCCCCUCCCCCACUUUGGCUGCCUACAGUUCUCCAUUUCAAUUUUCAUUCUUUCUUCAAGCGACAAUCGCAGUAGGUGGAUGAUGACAUAUUUAUAUACGUAUACAGUAUGUAUAAAUAUGUAUAUAUUUAUAUAUAUGUAUUCAUAUAUAUAUCCGUAUAUGUGUGGGCGUAUAUAUAUUAUUCAUAUAUACAAUAUAUACUCUCACCAUUCCCUUCCCGUCAGUUUUUCUGUACAGUUCUGUUUCUAGUGUUAUGUGCCAUUUAUUUUCAUACACAGUACUACAGGGAAGAGUCAGACCAAGUCUCACUCCACCACUCCCAUUACGCCACAGGGAACCUCCCAGUCCAAAGAGGGCGCUCCCAGUAUACACUUCUGGUGUGUUUGGUUUUCUCUCUGCCCCUCAACUCAUUAACAAUCAAAGGCGUUACUUCUCAUCAGGUAUCCUGACCUUUGACCUCAUGUCCUACAGCCUUCCUCCAUUUGGAGGUCACUGCGCUCUCCACCCCAUCAUGUGUGUUUAGUCCCCUGGAGCUCAGAGCUCAGGGUGGUGUCUGCUGCUACAGUCGGCAUGGAAACCUCUGUGUUUUUACUACGUCACAUGAGCAUGGGAGACUGGUCAGUCCGACCGUGUCCACCGUUUUCCUCUUUCUCCACUCUGACCAUAACUGGUCUCCCAUCACCUCUCUCUCCACAUGACCCGUUACCGGUCGUCUUCAUCCAGCCAGCCGUCUGGGUUCUGCGGUUCUGUGUGUUGUCCUCCUCCCCCCCCCCCCCCUCCCCCGUGUGUGUCAGCCCCCAACUGAUGAUGGAUGUCGGUGUGACUGUAAAUAGACUAAAGCCAUACACAGGUGUUCUCCAAGAAAUCCACCAGAGAGAUCCUACUUGGUUUUUAAGUGUAGUGAGAUAUAUUUUAAGCGUUGAUCAUGUUUCCGGUUUCUUCUUUGUGAUUACGGUCAUGUCUUUCUCCACUCCACGUUGUCAGAGAUCCAAACCGCGGUGGUUCACGAACAAGGAUUUGCCUUUAUAUUGACGGUUCUUUUAAAGUGUGGUCCUGGGUUUCAGUGACAUCAACAGUACAUUGUUCGUACACCAUAUUGUGCAUAAUGAUUUUUCUUUUUUUAAUUAUAACCCACUGUAUAAUAGCAAGGAUUGUAUAUAGAACUGAAGAGAUGUAAAUAUUUAUGUGGCUUGCUUCAAGGUUGGUAUUUACAGAAAACAAAAAAAAAACUAUUCACACUGUUAAAUUCUACAUGCCCACCAGCAAGCUUUGUGGAUAGCAGUGUAAAAUGAAAAACAAAAAAGACACUGCCUUAAUGUUUAAAUAAAAAGCUUAUUGCCAUUGAACAAUG